UCGCAAUUUAAUAAAAUCACAGGCCGAAAAGCGUUCUAUUCUAGGGUUUAUACAUCCACUCUUUCUCUCUCGUCAAAACUCGAAGCCAUCUUCGAGCUUCGUUGCUGCUUCUCUUUCUCUGUCUCUCUCUCUCUGAGGCAUUGAUUAACAAUUCAACAAGGAAUAGGCUCUGACUAUUUAUAAAUUUUUUGUUCUUCACGAAUUUUAAAUACAGAGUGCAAGGCAUUUGCAUUUUACGACAAAUUAUGGAGGUACAAACUUCGGGGAAACCAAUUGAUCAGCUGUUGGAGAAGGUUCUUUGUAUGAACAUUCUCUCUUCUGAUUACUUCAAAGAGCUUUAUAGAUUGAAAACUUACCAUGAAGUUAUAGACGAGAUUUACAAUCAAGUUGAUCACGUGGAGCCAUGGAUGACUGGGAACUGUCGAGGUCCUUCAACUUCAUUUUGUCUUUUGUACAAGUUUUUCACUAUGAAGCUCACUGUCAAACAAAUGCAUGGCCUGUUAAAGCAUCAAGAUUCUCCUUACAUAAGAUGUGUUGGAUUCCUCUAUUUGAGAUAUGCUGCAGAUCCAAAAACAUUGUGGAAUUGGUUUGAACCAUAUGUCAAAGAUGAAGAGGAAUUCUCUCCUGGAUCUAAUGGCCAAAUGACCACUAUGGGCGUGUAUGUGCGUGAUUUACUUCUUGGACAGGAAGCAUACUUCAGCAUAACUGCAUUAUUCUCCUCUGUUGAAUUUGUUUGGUACUAUUUUGAUACUCUCUUUCCCCGCAUCCCUGUUCCUGUAAUGCGGCAGAUUGUAUCCAACCUUGAAAAGAUGAAUCUCCCUACUAAACAUUGUGGAGUGACGGGAGAAUCCACCCGUGGAUCUGAUGACACUGCCCGUCGGCCACCAUCUGUAAAAGCUGCCCUUUCAGUCUCUUUUGGUCAACGUGCUCCUCAUCGUGCAUCAACUAGGGAUUCAUCCCCUGUUCGCCGUACAAUGCGACCACCUUCUAGUGAUAGAAAUGGUGAAGAUGAUUAUUCACGAAGAUCUCCCAGCAACCGUCGGAGCCAGAGUCGUGAUUUGUCUGAUCGAGAUUAUCCAGACCGUGACCGAGUCCGGGAACGGGACAGGAACAGGGAUAGAGAAAAGGACAGGGAAAGGGAUAGAGGGAGAGACAGAGACAGAAGCGGAGAUAGAGUUAGGGAGCGAGACAGGGACAGGGACAGGGACAGGGGCAGGGACAGGGCGCGAGAAAGGGACAGAGAUAGGCGGUAUGAUUAUGAAAGAAGGUCCGGAGAAAGCAGCAGAAGGGAUUAUGAUAAGAGCAGCCAUGAUCGGAGAAGCAGGAGCAGGAGCAGGAGCAGGAGCAGAAGUCAAAGCAACCAAACUCAUAGUGCACAUCCUGAUCAUCAUUCCAGCCCACAUAGAGAUGGCAACAAGGAAAAGACUUCUGCAUCUAGCAAUCUGGCCAAGCUUAGAGACUUGUACGGCGACUUGAGCAGUCAGAAAGAGGAUGCUGGAAGAGAUAGGCUGCCUAAUAGGGAUAGUGGUGCGGAAGAGGUUAUCAAGCUUGGAGGUUCCACUUGGAAGUAGUGCAUGAAAAGGCCAUCACGAUCAUGUGCAGUGGCUGCCCAUCCAAUGUGUCUUUCAGGCAAGAUCGACUUCUUCAUUCUGAUUGAACAGUUGCAAUUUCUUGUGAGCAAUCUUUCCUUCCAUAAUCUUCUUCUAUUGAUGAAUGAAUUGAAUGAUAUACUCAUACAAACACAUACAGUGCGUCUGCAGUUGGGCUGCAUGUAUUAUGUAUAUUUGUUGUCUGUUUAACAUUUUGUAUUUCUCCUAAAUUCAGUGGAUUGUUUUUGAUCAA